AUGUUUGCUGUCGUCGUCGCGUUCGCGUUCGCCAACUAUUUUCUGUGUGUCGCCAAUGCGACGCCGAUCGUCGACGCAUUCGUCGAGCAUCAGACGAUAUCGCUGGCGCCGAAUGACGAGCUCACAGAUGAUAAAACAUGGACGAAGCAGGCGAUGCAGAAAAUGUGGGAGGAACGCAAAAAUAUGGGACGCACAAAUAUUUAUGUGUUCAAGCCGAAAGGAAUGCCGCACGUCUCAAUCGUGUUCAAAAACGAGUCGUCAUCGCCAACCGAAUCGCUGAAGCAUCGAUACGCGUGGGCGUUGAUGACGUGGGCGCUUUUGGAGCAGAAAAUCAAAAACGGCACCCAUGUGUUCGAGGCGUCGUCAGGAAACACGGCGUUCUCAUUGGGCUAUAUGUGCCGAAAAUUGGGAUUGCCGUUCACUGCGGUGGUGCCUGAUACAUUGGAAGAAGUGAAGCAGCAAAGAAUCAGGGAUCAGGGUGCCGAAAUUCACAAGGUUCCGAUUGGUGAGCGGCUGAAAGCCGCUUCGCAGCUCGCCGAGCAAAAUCGCGGAUUUUUUAUGAAUCAAUUCAAAAAUGCCUACUACGCCGAAGAAUUUCACGAAAGCGGCGAUUAUGGCCACGAAUCGGCGAACAUAUUCCACGAGAUUCUUCAGCAAUUGAGAUCGUCGCGAAUCGCGACACCUCACUAUUUUGUUCAUUCGGCGGGCACCGGCGGCACGAUUACGUCGAUCGGACGCUACGCGAAAAAGUACGGCGUUCCGACGGAGAUCGUUCUCGCCGACACGCAAUUCUCGAUCUACUACGAUUAUGUGCUUCGCGGCAAAUUCACCAACGCGUCUGGCGCCUCGCAAUGGGUGUCGCCGGGAAUGGCGGGCGUCGGCUACGGGCCAAUGGGUGCCGCCAAGUUGGCGGCGACGACGAGCCUCGAUCCGGCCGUCAUCGAUCGGGCGCUCAAGUUGCCCGACGUCGCUUCGACGGCGGCGAUUCGCGUCGCCAACGAUCACGGCAUUCGCGGCGGCACCAGCACCGGCGUCAAUUUGCUCGCCGCGCUUCACGUCGCCGCCAGCGCGACGACUCGACGACCGGUGGUGAUCGCGACGAUACUCGCCGACUCGGCCAACUACUAUCGAGAAUCGUAUUUGAAUCGCGAAUGGAUCGCCGACAAAUUCGAAGCUCACGGCGGAUUGAAGGUCUACGAUUGUUGGCGGAAGGUGAUCAAGCAAUCGAUAGAGCAAGGAACGGAUCCGCUGGCGAUCGGAAAUGAGGCGUGCCGAAAUGACAAAAUACAUUGA